AUUUCUUCCACAUCAUCUCCCUUGCAGGGGAAUAAAUAAAUAAAUAAAGGAACAAAGAAAACCCCUCUUCGUCCCUUUGUAUCUGUUGUUAGUCAUCAUCUUGCCAUUUUAUUCUUGCUUUUUUUGAAAUUUUGUUUAACGACAGUUGACCUAAUCUCUCACCAUUUUUACAAGUACUGAUACACAUAACCCAUCAACUUCCAUUUUAUUCUUGAUAGUUAUACUCCUCAAAAAGAUAAAAUAAAAUAAAAUAAAAAGAGAAGAUAGCUGAGACUUUCUUUUUGGGCUGUGGUGGGAUGGGGAAUUCUUUUGGGUGCUCAGCCUCAGGUGAGAGGUUGGUAUCGGCGGCCAGGGACGGCGAUUUUGUGGAAGCAAAGAUGUUGCUUGAUUGCAACCCAUGUCUGGCCAAGUAUUCAACUUUUGGUGGGCUUAAUUCUCCUCUUCACUUUGCUGCCGCUAAAGGCCACAACGAGAUUGUUGCAUUGUUGCUUGAAAACGGAGCUGAUGCGAAUUCGAGAAAUUAUUGCGGUCAGACGGCAUUGAUGCAGGCGUGUCGGUAUGGCCAUUGGGAAGUUGUUCAAACUCUUCUUCUCUUUAGAUGCAAUGUCACAAGAGCAGACUAUCUUAGUGGGAGGACAGCUCUUCAUUUUGCGGCAGUGAAUGGGCAUGUAAGAUGUAUGAGACUUGUUGUGGCUGAUUUUGUACCAAGUGCUCCUUUUGAAUCUAUGGAAACUCAAAAAAUUGGUGAUACAAACGAUGUUUCAAUUGUAAAAAGCAAGCACGAACAAAGUGCACUGUCGAAGUUUGUAAAUAAAGCUGCUGAUGGUGGAAUUACUGCACUCCAUAUGGCUGCGUUGAAUGGAUAUUUUGAUUGUGUACAGCUGCUUCUUGAUCUUCAUGCCAGUGUCUCAGCUGUGACGUUUCAUUAUGGAACUUCAAUGGAUUUAAUAGGAGCUGGAAGCACUCCUCUGCAUUAUGCUGCUUGUGGGGGGAAUUUAAAGUGUUGUCAGAUCCUCCUUGCAAAGGGUGCCAAUAGGAUGACAUUAAAUUGCAAUGGCUGGCUCCCUCUUGAUGUUGCCAGAAUGUGGGGUCGUCACUGGCUUGAACCACUUUUGACUCCAAAUUCAAAUUCAAUAAUCCCAGUUUUCCCCUUUUCUCAUUAUUUAUCACUUCCUCUGAUGAGCGUGCUCAACAUAGCAAGAGAGUGUGGGAUGCAGAUGUCAGCAACCCCUUCUGAUGAUGGCGAUACGUGUGCCGUUUGCCUUGAAAGAGCAUGUUCAGUAGCUGCUGAAGGCUGUGGGCAUGAACUUUGUGUUAGAUGUGCACUCUAUCUUUGCUCGACAAGCAACAUUCCUUCCGAAUUGCUGGGUCCACCUGGUUCUAUUCCUUGCCCGCUUUGCAGACAUGGUAUUGUCUCUUUCAGUAGACUGCCUGGUACCCCUGCAAAGGAAAGUAAAUUGCAUCUAUCUCUGGGCUUAUGUACGCCUUGCAUGCUACAUCCACGAGAACAGGAGCAGUCAACACCUUCUGGGUCACAGGAUAUCAGAAAGAACCGUGUAGUUGCUGUUUCAUCAGAUCUUUUCUGUCCUGUCACUUGUAGUCCAUUUCCUUCAGUUGCUAUUCCUUUGUGUACAUGCAAUGAUGGGCCUUGCCCUAAUUUUGAAGCUGGAGAAAAUCAAACGCAAGGAGAUUCUCCUACUCCCUCACAAUCCGCAUCAGUUGAUUCAGACAAAUUGGAGGCUGUGAGAUUGGGAAAGGCAACCUGUUCAAGCAUGUUUUGGGGCAGAAGGAGCUGCAGCAGGGAGCAUCGAUGUAAUGCAGAAAUUAACGCUUGACUGGUUGAUGACACCUGCCUUCUUCUCUGGCAAUAAAAUUUUGAUUGUAGGAUAGCGGUUCAUCGUGGCAGCAAGGAUGGAUGUCGUCAAAUCUCAAAACACUGAUUCUUCUAAAAUGUGUGGUUGUGGCCUCUAUACCUUGUCAAGUUCGAGCUAGUCAGUCUGGCUUCAUAAUUUGUUAUUGCCGUGGUUGUAAAUGUAGAUCCUUGGUUUUUUUUUUUUUUUUUUUUUUUAGGGGAGGGGUUGCCCCAAGUUUCCUGAUUGAAGCAUUGGAAAAAAUGCGAGAGCCAGCAAAGAUGUACCCAUGUAUUUUGGGAAUUAUGUGAAGGAUGGUACUUCAGAAAAUGUGUAAACUACAACAGAGAAGAUUGGGAGUUUAUAUGUAUCGUCAGAGAUUGCCAGUCAUCUUGGUUAUAAACGUGCUUUCAUCAACUGUAUUGAACUAGUCUGCCCUGUUGGCCAAGUUAAUAAGUAUCUUCUGCUUGUGCUGUUGAAGUUGGCAGAGUUGUUCA